AUGGAGGCACCAAGGCUGCAGUGGCUUCUUCACCUGGUCACUCCAGUGGCUGCCAACCCUGAAAUUGAAAGACUUUCUGAGAAGUUAGAAGAAAAAGAGAAGGAGAAGCAGCAGCUGAUGAGCCAGCCGGAGCAUGAGCGAGAGAAGGAAGUUGCCCUGCUGCGGCAGAGCGUGGCAGAGAAGGAACGAGCCCGGGCUGCCAGCGACAUUCUGUGCCGCUCCUUGGCCGAUGAGACCCAUCAGCUGCGGAGGACUCUGGCCGCCACUGCCCACAUGUGCCAGCAUCUGGCCAAGUGUCUGGAUGAACGACAGCGCACACAGGGGGACUUGAGGGAGAAAAGUCCUGAGCCAGAGCGUACAGGCACAGGCGGGGACACCUGUGUCCGGGAUGUUAUCGAGAAGUUACAGGAAGAAAAUCGACUGUUGAGACAGAAGGUGACCCAUGUAGAAGACCUUAAUGCCAAGUGGCAGCGCUACGAUGCCAGCAGGGAUGAGUAUGUGAGGGGGCUCCACGCGCAGCUUCAGGGGCUACAGGCCCCCCGUGAGCUCGAGAGACCCUCCCCUCCUGAGCUGAUGAGGAAGGAGAUCUCCAGGCUCAACAGGCAGCUGGAGGAGAAGAUAAAUGACUGUGUGGAAGUGAAGGAGGAGCUGACGGCUGUGAGGAGGGCCCGAGAUGCGGCGCUGGAGCGGGUGCAGAUGCUGGAGCAGCAGAUUCUUGCUUACAAGGAUGAUUUCACCUCGGAAAGGGCCGAUCGAGAGCGUGCUCAGGGGAGGAUUCAAGAGCUGGAGGAGCAGGUGGCCGCCUUGCGGCACCAGGCGUCCCGGAGGCAGGACUGCCGAGAGCGGGGCUCCUGCCGGACGCACACGGGGAGCAAAACCCCCAAGUACUUAGAAACCAGUGUCUUGGAGCUUGUGGCACCCAGUGGCCGGAGGGCUGGGUCUGGAUCUCAGGGGCCGGACUUCUCCGCGGAGGGCAGGUGUCCUGGAGCAACGACCCGGAGAGGGCAGGGGGAGCUUCAGUGCCCUCACUGCCUGCAGCACUUCGAUGACGAGCAAGGCGAGGAGCUCUUCAGGCAUGUGGCCGAGUGCUGCCAGUGAGGCCCUGAGGCUGGAGCUACCUGUGACUCUGCUGCUUCUGAGGGGGCUCGGCCCUGGGCGGGGGCGAGAUCCCCUGAGACCCAGGACCCAGCACAGGUUGAGGGGGUUUCUGAUCCUUCACCUUGGUCAUCCUUGGGCGGUGGAACAGACCAAGUUGGAGGGAACUUCUCGUGGGGCGUCUGCCUCUGGGAGGGCCUGGCUUGGCUUCUGGUAUGGAGUGCGCCCCUCCCUGCCCCCCCGCCGGCCGGCUGUCGGGU